AUGGGGAACGACCGCCGUUUGGGCAGCAGGAACCGAGGUUUCACCUCUCUUGGAAGGAAGACGCGAGCUAGUUCUGGUUGGGGUCCGCAUCGUGGAGGAAGCGGAUCGGGAGGCAGUCUCUACGUGGUGCCUCUUUCAGCUUAUCAGCGGCUCCUCGAAAGAAAAGCAAUAAUGGAUAACAGCAAUGGUGAUGUGGCUAUUGAUUUUUAUCAUCGUCAUAAGGAAGACAUAAAGUUCUUAAAAUAUAUGGGGAUGGAUGCUUCCAGGUUCUCUAUCAAAAUUAAGAAUUCAAAACUUUCAGAUGGAAGCUUAAGUGGUGGAAUCAACAGGGAGGGCAUAAAUUUCUACAACAACGUCAUCGAUGAUCUUCUAACCAAUGUGCAGGGUACUCAAGUGGUGUGUUCUGUCCUAGCAGAUGCUGUCCUUUUUGAAUUUGUUGAGUGUGGAAGAGAUAACUCAUCCACAGAGCCCUACCUCUGUGUUCAUCAUCAAUUGCUGGUUCAUGCAACUGCUGCCAAGCUUUACAGAGACAAAUAUCAGGUAUUUCAAAAGGGACUGAUAGGCAUAACACUAGUAAGCCAUUGGUUUGUGCCUUGCUCCAACACCAAAGAGGAUGAGGAUGCAGUCUCUCAUUCUCUAGAUUUCAUGUUUGGAUGGUUCAUCGACCCCUUAACUCAAGGUGACUAUCCUUUCACAAUGAGAGCACUUGUUGAGGACCGUCUUUCAAAGUUUAGCACGGAACAAUCUCAACUGGUUAAGUCGUCAUUUGAUUUCAUUGGACUUAAUUACUAUAUCACAUACUUUGCUAUUUCCAUUUCACUCUUGUCAAGAGUUGAUGUUAGCUAUCAUUCAGAUUCUCACGCCUACAAACUGCUUCAACACAAGAAAACAAUAAUGCGCUGGCAUGUAGAUUUGAGGAAUCUCACUUUGAAGAUCUUGAAGCAUGUUUAG